AACUGACGCUCACUUUAGCAGCAUGAGUAGGAAUGUAAACCAAGGAGUCGAGAUUAAAACGGUACUGCCGAUCGGCUACCACUACCGUAUUAUGUCCCGUGCGGAUGUCAAUCCGGAAGCUGCAUUUAAAACUUUUUUUCAACCAGAACUUUAUUUACAAACGAAAUGGCAAUACGAACAUGGGAGCAACCAUAUUACAAAAACAGGAGAAAGGGGGGAAAUAAGUUUAAGCUUUUUUAAAAACUAUAGUUUCAAGAUUUCAAAUACAAUUUAAAAUCGUUUGUGUUUGCUGGGGGUUUUAAAUAUUUGGAUUUAUGGACAAAAUCUCCUUGGCAAACGGCUCAGCUAUUAAUUGCUCUCAUAAGACGGUCCAGGCUGGAAGUUCUUGGUAUCAGGUAGAUAAAGAAAUGUACUGUAUUGGCCACCCCGGAAAUGCACUUUAAGACCACUGGGCGGGCCUUCAUUCAUUCGUUCGUUCAUUCAUUCAAGUUUGGAGGGGGUGUAAAUGGUAAACGACACACAAAAAAACCCAAACAAAUCGUAGAUGUUUUAGUUUCCAUAGAGCUUGUUGUGACCCCACCUCCUCCUCUUCAUCCUCCUCCUCCUCCCCAAGCGGCCUCCUCCUCUGCUCCAAACGGUUUCAGCUAGGAGAAGAGACCAAAUGGGUUUUUGGUUCUGAGCCAGCUCCCAGUCGAAUCGGGUCUUGCGAUGGUAUUGGUUUGUGUGGGAGCGAAGAUCAGCAAAAGAGAUGAUGGAUUACUCUAAAGCGCAAAUGUCGGGUUUAUCUGAGGAGGGCGGCUCAGUGAAAUGCCCCCAGUCCAGUCCUGCUAGCGUGAAGCUGGAGGCGUUGAUGGAGCACCUCCAGAGACAACAGCAAGCCAAGCAGGACAUGAACCUCCAAGAGAAACACCUUCAAGCUCACUUCCUCUUUGCUCAACGUGCUGCGGAAGUUGCCAGGGCCCCACCGGGGUCCAGGCCGGACCUUUUUGGCAAAGCAGAUGGCCUCCCCCAAUUAGCGUUCAACAGCCAUCUGAGCAGGAUGGAUGUGGAGGAGGAGACUGGUGAUGAAGACUCAGAAGAAGAAGUAGCAGAAGAGGAGGAAAGCGGACCGGAAGCCAAGAAGCCUGGACUUGAGCAGCUCCCAGGCGUCCCUUUCAGUGCGUACACUGACCCUCAUUCAGCAGCUGGGAAGUCCUCCUCAUCUCCUCCUGGAACUGUGAAGCAGGAGGAGAACGAGGUGUUGUCUCCUGUGGGGCCGCCGACCUUCACAUCAGGCAAUGGUUUCACUGACAGCGCCUAUGAUGAGCCUUUUAAACAAAGAGCUCCCAUCUGGGCUGAGGAGAGCGAUGGAGGAAGAGGACGAGCAGAACCUUCCAGGGACUUUGCAAAGCUUUACGAACUGGACAGUGACCCACAGCGGAAGGAGUUUCUUGAUGAACUGUUUGUCUUCAUGCAAAAACGAGGAACCCCCGUGAAUCGCAUUCCCAUCAUGGCCAAACAAGUGCUGGACCUGUACAAGCUCUACAAGCUUGUGACAGAGAAGGGAGGCCUGGUGGAAGUCAUCAAUAAGAAGAUUUGGCGGGAGAUCACCAGAGGCCUCAACCUCCCAACAUCGAUAACCAGUGCAGCUUUUACUCUGCGCACACAGUAUAUGAAAUACAUAUAUCCCUUUGAGUGCGAAAAGAAGGGUCUGAGCUCUCCAGGCGAGCUGCAGGCUGCCAUCGACAGUAACCGCAGAGAAGGUCGGCGUCCCAGCUACACCAACACCCUGUACCGCUACUCGGCAUCUCCAAACUCUGCCCCACACACGCUGCAUCCCUCACCCACGAUGCAGACCCCCACAUCCGGGCACAACACCUCCAGUCGGUCAGUUAGCCCAACUGGGAAGAAACACGCAGAUGAAACCUCAACUCCGCUCAUCCCCCCCCGGCUUCCCGUGGCCCGAGCCCUGGCGCAGAACCAUCAUCAGCAUUUGGUUCAAGCUGCCACUCUGGAGCAUCUCAGAGAGAGGCUGGAGCGGGGGUCGGGGGGCGCUGUCGCAGACGGUCCAGAGAAGAAGAUGAUGCGUCUGGCUGAGGAGCAGCAGCGCCUCGUGCAUCAGGCGCUCCAGCAAAACCUGCUGGCCAUGGCGUCCCACUUCAACCCCAUGAACGUCAAAGUCAACAAUGGUCGUGAGGGCACGGAUUUGGCCCCGGGUUUCUCCGCUCCGCAUGGAGCAGCCAGUAUUAGCGUGUCUGUCGAGGUCAACGGCACCAUGUACUCUGGAAUGCUGUUUGCCCAGAAGUCAGCUGCCCCCGUGGUGUCGCAGGCUGGAACUGCAGCAGGUGGUUUUAGUGCCUUCUCCUCCUCCCACAGCCCGUCCUCCUCUUCCUCCACCUCCUCAAAGGGACCCCAUUAAUUCAAAGGCUGUAGUCAUUGAGCUGUAUACUUUAUCUUAGCUCUCUCGUCACACAUUAGCUGUUUGGAAUAUGUCUGCUCCUACCUUUCCAACCAUAGAUCUCUCACUAGUUUCAUUUAAAUUAAUAUUGGCAAGACAAUGGUGGGAAUGUGUGUGCACGUGUGUGUGUGCACGUGGCCUCGAAAACCUGUUAAUCUUUGAUGGAAGCUUUGUGGAAUCCCUUUUGGGAGUUUUUUAGCGCAGGGGUGUCCAAAAUGCAUACUGGGGGCCAUCGGUGGCACAUAGCUUUUUUUUUCCAAAUUGGCCUGCAGUACAAAAAAAGCAAAAAAAUAGAAUUUUUUACAAGAAUAAAGUCAAACUGUUAAAUGUUAAAUGUUGUAAUUUUUACAAGAAUCAAGUGGAAGCCCGUUUUCACCAAUGACAAAAAAGUUAGCCCAAUGAUAAGUCAUAAUUAUGAGAUAAAAAGUCAAAAUUAUGGGAUAAGAAAGUCGAAAUUAUCCAUCCAUCUAUUUUCUAUGCCACUUACUAGGGUCGCAGGUGUAUGCUGGAGCCUAUCCCAGCUGUCUUCGGGCAAGAGGUGGGGUACACCCUCGCAGGGCACAUAUGGAAAAUAAUAAAUAAAUAAUAAAUAAAGACAUAAUUAUGACAUAUAAAGUCAUAAUUAUGAGAUAAAAGUCACAAUUAGGAGCGAAAAAGUCAAAAUUGUGAGAGAAAAAGUCAUAAUUAAUAGAUAAAAACUCAAAAUUAUGAGCCAAAAAGUCAAAAGUGAAGAUAAAAAGUCCAAAUUAUAAGACAAAAAGUCCAAAUUAUGAGAGGAAAAAGUCAUAAUUAUGAGAAAAAAUCAAAAUUAUGCAAUAAAAAGCUCAAAUUAUGAGCUAAAAUCAUAAUUGACAUAAAAAGUCUCAAUUAUGAGAGAAAAAGUCAUAAUUAUGAGAGAAAUAGUCGAAAUGAUGAGAGAAAAAGUCAAAAUUGUGCAAUAAAAAGAUGAAAUUAUGACAAAAGGUCAAAAUUAUGAGAAGAAACUCAAUUAUGAGAUAAAAAAUAGAAAUUCUUAGAUUAAAAAAGUAAAAAUUUGGAGAUUAAAAAGUAAAAAUCAGGAGAAAAAGUCAGAAUUAUGCAAUAAAAAUCUGAAAUUAUGGGAUAAAAGGUCAUAAUCCUCACUAGGGUCAAAUAAAUAAAGACAUAAUUAUCUCAUAAUUAUGACUUCAUAAUUUUUUCACAAUUUUUCCAUUUCACUCUUCAUAAUUUGGAUUUUUUUUAAAUCUAAUAAUUAUGACUUUCUUAUCUCUUAAUUUAGAAUUUUUAUUUCAUAAUUAUGACCUCCUUAUCUCAUAAUUUGGACUUUUUCUCUCAAAAUUAUGACUUACCAUUGGGAUAACUUUUUUUUUUUCAAGUUGCGGAAAUGAGCUUCCAUCCAAAACAGUUGAAAUAUUGGAGAAAAACGGAAAACUUAUGGGAAUAAAGUCAUAAUAUUACAAGAAGGAAAUGCACAUGUUGAAACAUUUUGAAAAUGAAAAAGAGAAACGGCAAAUGCAGGAAAAAAGAACAUGGGCCCUCGGUGGAAACGGGGUGGACACCCCUGCCUUGGUGCUGGUCCAUAGAAACACAGUACUGCCAAAGUGAAUGAAGACCAAAAAAGCCUUAGCGGUGACCUACUUCUGUUUGGAUGAUAUCAAAUAGCGUACGUUGAAUCCCUGCAUAUUUGCAUAUAAUCUCCACAGCUCCAAUCAGUUUGAUAUUUAUGACUUGCUCAGUCACAGCGCAACCAAAAAUGACAUCAUACAGCAAGUAACAUGAGGAGCAUGCAAUGGAACCUCACUACACAGAUUGCGUAGGAAUCGAAAUAUAUACAUGCACCGGACAAUUUUUUUUAAUUCUAUGCACUCGGCCCACGUUACGUUUGAGAUACUUUCCCAGUGAGUUAUGUCUUCAUAUCACAUAUCAUUUCUGCUCUAUCAUGAGUGUAAAUGUGACUAUAGGGGUGUUAUUUCAUGUCUAAUGUGCUUUAAUAAUGGUAGUUAAUCAUUUUGAAGGGUCAUAAACAGGCUUUCUAUGCCAACACUACCAAAAUAUUCCAUUUAUUAAUCAGGGAAAAAGCCGAAAGAAACAAACAAUAUUGAAUGUUACACAUAAAAACAUUAUUAUAUAUUAUUUUUUUAUUAAUAAUUAUUAAAAAACAAAUAUGUUAAACAUAAAUUAACUUUCACAUCAUGGUUGGGUUUGGAACCAACUAACCGAUUAACUGCUAUUUUGUAAGGCAAGGCAUGCUGGGAAGCCCUUGUAACAGGAUGUUACCCAGCAUGCCUUGUUGGUAGUUUUAUUUCGAUGCCUGCAUGGUAUGUUUGCCACAGUUACAUUGAGCGUUGCUUUUGGUUGCGCCGUCAGUGAGGGAGGGGGAGGCCUGAGAAGGCGAGAUCUACUGUAUGUCAUGGAACGUGACAGGUGAGUGGUUGCUGUGAGUGGAGUUUCCAUGGCAACACUCGGGGAUUUCAUACUUUGAGCUAUUGUCACCUCCAUCCGUCAGAUGGAGCAAACCUUUUGCUUUGACAUCACGCUCACUUUUUUUUUUUUUUUUUUUUUUUUGCUGUUUGCAUAAAGCCGAUGCCGUAUUUUAUUUACCUCAUUUGACUUUCGGAAUAUAUGAACUCAGGAAUGUCUCACCGGACUCGUACCCGUUCUGUGAUGUAUGUGAUGUAUUUUGUAAAGGCGACGAAUGUAUCGUGACUGACCUCACAUUGUGACUGUUGACCACACUGCGCCAUUGCUACCUCAAUCUUGUAGAGAAAUAUGCAAUAGGUGGAGCAACCAUCUACUGGAAUGUACUGGAAGUGGACAAUCAAGGCAAAUUGCAAAGUAAAUGUUACUGUAAAACGUGAUCAUGUGGAAUAAAAUCAUCUCAUGUGGUGUCAAAA